UAAAUAGAACACGCUCGCGUCGUCGGCAUGCGGGGCUCGAUAUUGUCGAGCUACAUUUAAGCAAAAACGGCCCUCGCGAAUUUCGCUUCGCGUUCAACUACUAGGACGUGUGUGGCGGUGUCACAACAAUGGUUCCGCUCUGGAAAAAGGCGACGUCCCCGACCAUCGAGGAAGCGGCGCGGGACAUUGUCGUCAAGCGUUCGCUCACCAAACAGCUCGCUGGCUGCGUGCGCGACUUACAGCAGGAACUGGUCAACGCCGAGCCCGUCAUCACGGGUGGCGAGUCCGCAUCUAGGGUCUGCUUCUGUCUCGAGGCCAUCUUCAUUCACGGUCUCAAGGACAACAUCGUCAAGAAGAUGUCCAGCGUGUUCGGCAACUCCGAGAAGCUGCCGACGCCCGACUUUUGGCCCGUGGCGAUGGUCUAUUCGCACAAGGACGUGCUAGCCCAGAUAGCCGGCCUCAACCAGAUCAGCACGGACAUAGGACGCUGCCGAGCGUGGCUGCGUCUCGCGCUCAACGAGUCCCUGCUCGUCAGCUACGUCGAAGCCAUGAUACAGGACCCGAAGACCCUGCGCUGCUACUAUCGCCAAACUGCGUACAUGGCCGACCGGGAGCAGCCCGACAUCGUGAAACAGUUCCUCGAGGGCCUCUCGGGUUACUCGUUCAGGCUUCCCGUGAACUGCGCCGCCCUCAACUGCUGGAACACCAUGCCGUUGCAGCUGGCUGGCCUGCUCAAGUCGGCAGAACGGAUGGAACCCGUGAUGCCUGCGUACGACGUCGCCGAAUUCUUCCAGCACGAGGCGGGCCAGUCGAGGCGUAUGCGCAGCAAACUGUCCAUGAGCUCGAGCCGUGCAAUGACAUCUUCCAUCGCGAUCCAGGCGAGCGAGCCGCCACCCUCUGAAUCCCAGAAGCAGGCGCACAGCGUGGGCUGCGGUAGCGACAGCGGCGUAGACGUCGCGAUGACGGGCGCUUCACUGCCCGCAAAUGUUGCACCGUGCGCCGUCUCCGAGCCUUCCGCGAGCGACGCGAACCCGGACGCGCCGCCAGAGCAGACGAAAGUGAUCGAAAUCAAAUCGUGUUCUUCGCCCAAGAACGAGGGCGCCGCCGCCACUUCGGCCGGCAGCGGCAUCAGCGCAGCGCAAGUGCGCGAGCUCUUGAGAACCCUGAACUUGGACGCCAACGAAGGCAGUGCCGUGGCCCCCGCCGACGUCUCCGGGUCACCGGCGUCGGUGCCCGACUUCGAUGUGCUCGACAAGUUCCCGCACGAGCCGCGUAGGUCCUUUGGCAACGUCCUGGACCCAUCUCAGGGCUGGUCUUCGCCAUUCGAAGACGAGUACGAGGAUGUGAGCGCGACUGCCGACAAGUCUGACGGCUCGGACGACCUGGAGCAGCAGAGCUAUGACUCUCUAGUGCUGAGCUACACGCAGAACAUCAACCAGCAGGUGUGCGGAACGCCAGAAAUGAGGGACCUCAUCACGUCUGCCAUCAGGCCAUGCGCAGAAAGCCAGGCUACACCAGGCAAUGCAAGUGUAAAGGCCGAAGACCAGCGGUCCAGUGCAGACUCCCUCGAUGAACUGGCGGACUUCGAAGUGCUUCCGAGAGAGAAGGCACCUGACGUUCGAACAAACCAGCUGCUCUCGUUAAUGGGUCACAUUCAGCAGGAGAAAGGCCUCGACCAGCAGGGAUAUGCCUGUCGAGGCUGCAACUGCCCCAUUGGCAUGAUCUACGGCGCAAGCUCCGUGUGCUCCUACGACGGUUACUCGUACUGUCCGGAGUGCGGUGGCAGCGAGUCGAACGUGAUCCCCGCCCGCAUAAUUCACAACUGGGACUUCCGCAAGCACCCCGUCAGCCGUGAGGCUAAAGAGCUGCUCAAGAAGUACGAAGCCGAGCCUCUGCUAGACCUGAGGAUACUGAACCCUUCGCUGUACGAUGCUGUUCCCGAGCUGGCCGCGACGCAGGUUCUUCGCUCGCAGUUGGGUUUCCUGCGGCCUUACCUUCAGACGUGUUCAGAGGCGGCGUCCAGUGCUCUCCGGAAGCUCGUCUGGCCUAGGGAACACCUGUACGAACACGUUCACCUGUACUCGACCUUCGACCUCUUACAGGUGCCGUCGGGUACCCUGCAGCGGGCUCUAGAGAAGGCGAUCAAGUUCGCCCGUGGCCACGUUCUAGACUGCAACCUGUGCGCGGCGAAGGGCUUCAUUUGCGAAAUAUGCCGGGACCCCGCCGUCAUCUACGCCUUCGAUACGGAUGCGACUUACCACUGCAGUGCGUGCUUUGCAGUGUAUCACCGCACCUGCAUCGAAGACGGCGGUCGAGUCUGCCCAAAGUGUGAACGAAGGCGUCAGCGAAUGGAGCAGGAGCAAGGUAUGGUGCUCUGCUCUGCUGGGACAGACAUGACAGCUGACAGUGCCUCUGUCUUUGCCUCGUGAGGCACAUCGCGAUAGACCUUCGGACAGUAGUGGCAGGGCCCUGUUUACUUGUGCCGGACAAGGGUGCAAGUGUGUUGCAGCUCAAGGAGCUUUUAAACUCGAACGGUUUUUAAUCAAAUUUUGACAGAGAGAGAAUGCCGAGGAUACAGGCGGCAGCCUUACUGGACUGCCGAGCUAUCUUCGGGCCUCUCGCCAUGCAAGCAGAAAAUUUUUUUUCUUAACGAGGCUUCUUAUUUCGCACUGGUGCCUACACGAAUAAAUGCAGCGUCCGGCAAAUAUAUUGAGCGAAAUCUCGUAAUAUAUUUUUAUGUGAUGGACCCUGCUCGUCUCGAUGCAGUAUGUCGACAUGCAAAAUGCUUGUGCAAUGUGUAAACUAUGAGAACAAAGGAAAUAUGCUUUAGUAAAUUGAAUUCCUUUCUACAGUGUG